CCUUCAGUUAAAUAUUGGAAAAUAUUGAUUCAUAGUUUGCCGCAACCGAUAAAAUAAUUUCGUGAUUACCUAUACUUUCUUAAAUAACGCUCAGGGUAUAAAGCCACAAUAUUGGGAGAUCGGUCAACAGUUCCGUAGGCGGCGGUGCAGAGAUUCUUAACCGCUGCAACUUGUAAACAAAAUGGCUUUUAUAUUUAAGACAUUCGCGAUGUUAGCUAUAGUUUCAUUAGUAUCGUCAAGUCAUGGGCCAGGCGGUUAUUCAUACAACCGCUUCAGCGGUCCUGUGAGCGGGAAUAUAAUUGAAGUCCAGGUUCCCGCAGCUCGAGGAAUUCCCGCUCAACAGCACGCUGAUUAUGGUUAUGACCAUCAUGCCGGAAAAAUCGACCCGGAAACUGCUAAAUAUGAACGUUUGAAAACCGUCGAUUACAAAGCUAAGCCCGAUUAUCACUACGCUUACGGAGUUCAAGAUCCUCACAGUGGAAACCAACAAGAUCACAAGGAGUACCGCGAUGGAGACGUAGUGCACGGCGAAUACUCACUUGUGGAACCUGAUGGUUCUAUUCGUCUUGUACGAUACACCGCUGACCCGAAGAAUGGUUUUCAGGCUGUGGUACAUAAGAAACCUGGAGGCCAACCUAACGCACCAGUGCAUUACAAUAAAAAGCAACAUCGUGAAGAAGAUUCCGAAGAAUAUUAGUUAAACAUUAGUUUUUAUCGACUGCUUAGUAGAUAAUAUUUUUUUCAAUUUAGUAGUAAGUAGUUGUUGUUUAAAUAUUUAUUACGCUGUGAAUGUUAGCUAAAUAAAGACUAGAAAACAA